GAUUUUAAAAUUUUAAAACAUUUAAUAAAAUAAUAAAUACGUAAUAACAACCAGUCAACCAGAUCACACGCAGGGACAAAGAUCAAACUAUAAAGAUCUCAUCUUUCUCUUCCUCUUUCAUUUCCUCUCACGUAAGAGACUCUAUUGUGAGUUCGAGAAAUAUAAUAGUAAGAAGUUUCUAAGAUUUUCUGACAUAUAAAGUCCAAAUGUCGACUGAGAUGGAUAGAAUUGAAUCUUACGUGUUGAAUGUCUCCGGUGAUCAUCUGUAUGAUCGAUCUUCUUCUGAGUCUUUCUCUUCACCUUCUUCUUCUAUUGGGAGGAACAGCGACGACGACGAUGACGGGGAAUAUGGUGUCGGAGAGAAUGAAGCUGAGUCUCCGUACAAAUGUCCUCUUGAUUUGAUGGAAUCUCUCGAAGAAGCCUUGCCCGUUAGGAAAGGGAUAUCGAAGUAUUACAAUGGAAAGUCAAAGUCUUUCACGAAUUUAGCUGCGGGUGCUGCGUCGGCGUUGGCUUCUUCAUCUUCGAUGAAAGACGUAGCGAAGCCUGAGAAUCCUUACGGUCGGAGGAGGAGGAACCUCCUCUGCCAUCAGAUUUGGGAGAACAACAAGACGACUCCACGUGGAAGGAUCUCUAAGAAACAGAUGAUGAGCUCUAGCAGGAGCGCGUUGGCGCUAGCCAUGGCGGUUGCUGCCGGGGUGAUGGCCGGAGAAGGAUCUUCCUCCGGUGGAGACUCGUCGACGGGAACAAGUCCGACGAUCUCUGGAUCCCUUCCGAGGAAGAUGAUGCUUCCCCCGCUGCAUCCUAGGAGUCAAGGGUCUUCCGGUAAUUUGAAGUCGUCGGGUUUUUGUGCGUGGAGAUCGUAUUCGGUGGCUGAUAUUCCGAGGUGUUUUCCGACGACGGCGAAUGGUAUUGGGUCCACUGACUCGUAGGAACGAUAACAUUUUUAUAUUUUCUAGUUGAUCUUUUUACUAGUAUUUUUUGGAGUAACAUCUGGAGAAUGUGUAGACGAGUUUCAAACGUUUUAAUGGAUCCUUUCUUGUUCUUAUCCAAGUUAUAUUGAUUUACCGAACC